GAAAAAGGUUAUAGAGCUACUAAAACCUAGAGCCCGUAUAAUUGGAAUCUCUCUCUCAUUAUCUGACUCUUGUCUCUGGUCUCUUUGUCUCUAACUUUUGCCAUUGUUGGUCCAAAGCUAAAUCCUUUUUCGCAAUCUAUUAUUACAGGUAGUGUGAUUGGCAUCGCCUUGAGCUGUUUAACUUAUUUUUGCUGCAUUACAUCUCUCUUCAAGUGCCCAUUUCCUGAUUUGGAUCAUAAGAGUGGAAAGACUUAGCCCUGUUGUUCUUAGGAUUGUGAAAGCUUUCCACAAAUGGGCUUGAUCAUGUGAUGAGACUAUGUACUACUUCAAGAUUUGGACUUUGACAGAAUCUUUACAAAGAUUAGGACAGCAAGAGGAAGGUUAAGAUAGUUGUUUUUGACAUGACAAGUCCUUGGUUCAAGAGUCUUUCCUCUGUGUUUGGUCUCAAACCACGGAUCAAAUCCUUGCUUUUAUUAAUCCUUGGUCUUGUAGCUCUUGUUACCAUCUUAGCACCGUUGUCAUCCACUUCAUACGACGCUUCUACUUCUUCAACACUUGUUCCCAACAUUUAUAGUAACUACAAAAGGAUAAAGGAGCAAGCUGCUGUUGAUUAUCUGGACCUAAGAUCUCUCUCCUUAGGAACUACUCUUAAAGAGUUUCCUCUCUGUGGUAAAGAAAGAGAGAGCUACGUGCCUUGUUACAACUCGACGGAGAAUCUCCUUGCUGGGCUUCAAGAGGGUGACGUGUUGGACCGACAUUGCGAGUUUGAGAGAGAGAAGGAGAGAUGUGUAGUACGUCCUCCAGGAGACUAUAAGAUACCACUUAGGUGGCCACUUGGUAGAGAUAUCAUAUGGAAUGGGAACGUCAAGAUAACCAAAGACCAGUUUCUUUCUUCAGGAACCGUUACAACGAGGUUAAUGUUGCUUGAAGAGAAUCAAAUCGCAUUUCACUCGGAAGAUGGGCUGAUCUUUGAUGGGGUCAAAGACUAUGCUCGUCAGAUCGCUGAGAUGAUUGGCUUAGGAAGUGACACUGAGUUUGCUCAAGCGGGUGUACGGACUGUGUUAGACAUUGGUUGCGGAUUUGGAAGCUUUGGUGCACAUCUAGUGUCUCUAAACCUGAUGCCUAUAUGUAUAGCUGAGUAUGAGGCAACUGGGAGCCAAGUCCAGUUAGCUUUAGAGAGAGGCCUUCCUGCAAUGAUCGGCAGUUUCUUCUCAAAACAGCUUCCGUAUCCUGCAUUGUCUUUUGACAUGGUCCACUGUGCUCAGUGUGGCAUUACUUGGGACAUCAAAGAUGCAAUGCUGCUUUUGGAAGUGGAUCGUGUUCUGAAACCGGGAGGGUACUUUGUUUUAACUUCUCCCACGAACAAAGCACAGGGAAACUCGCCAGACACGAAGAAAACAAGCAUCACAACACGAGUGAACGAGCUGUCUAAGAAAAUCUGUUGGAGUCCGAUAGGGCAGCAGGAUGAGACGUUUCUUUGGCAGAAAACUGCAGAUUCAAAUUGCUAUUCGUCUCGGUCGCAAGAUUCAAUACCUCUUUGCAAAGAUGGAGAUAGUGCUCCUUAUUACCACCCACUGGUUCCAUGUAUAAGCGGUACAACAAGCAAACGCUGGAUACCUAUUCAGAACAGGACUACCUCAGCUGAGCUUGAGAUUCAUGGUUUAAAGCCUGAAGAGUUCUUGGAGGAUACAGAACUAUGGAGAACAGCACUUAAGAACUACUGGUCCUUGCUUACACCCUUGAUAUUCUCAGACCACCCAAAGAGACCUGGUGAUGAAGAUCCUCUCCCUCCUUUUAACAUGAUACGCAAUGUAAUGGACAUGAAUGCUCGUUUUGGGAACUUAAACUCUGCUUUACUCGACCAAGAAAAGUCCGCUUGGGUGAUGAACGUUGUCCCGGUCAAUGCACGUAACACACUUCCUCUCAUACUUGAUCGUGGCUUUGCCGGUGUUCUCCAUAACUGGUGUGAACCAUUCCCAACAUAUCCAAGAACAUAUGACAUGCUUCAUGCCAAUGAACUUCUCACACAUGUUAGCUCAGAACGGUGCAGCUUAAUGGACCUGCUCUUGGAGAUGGAUCGGGUUCUUCGCCCAGAGGGAUGGGUUGUUAUAAGCGACAAGGUGGGAGUAAUAGAGAUGGCACGUGCACUAGCGACUCGAGUGCGUUGGGAAGCACGUGUCAUUGAUCUUCAAGACGGUAGCGACCAAAGACUUCUUGUCUGUCAAAAACCAUUUCUCAAAAAAUAACUUGCUGCGUGUAUAUUCUUCUUUCACACCAUUAACAACACUCACCAGUCACUACUACACGCUGUCUUUUGACGGUUAUUUGUUCUAAACAGAUCCAAACUAUGCCUCCUGCUAUAGCUCUGUAGAGAAAUUAUUCUUUUCUCAGACAGAAGAACAGUUGAAGAAGGUUUUGUAAGAGUGGAAGUUGUAGCUAUGGGUAGAAGAAAAGAGUGAGAUUCAAUAUUCUUUGUAAUUUUUGGUCUGGAAGGAACACUAUUGUAGCUAUAUAUAAAUUUUUUCAUUCAUCCAAUUUUUGUUUGCUCUUCAAUUUUGUAAACAAGAUAACGUCUUUUAUUUAUUUUCGAAAUUGUAUU